AUGGUCCUGGGCAUGGGAAAGUAUAUCAAUCGAGGGCUUCUCAACCCAAAGUCCGAUGAGUCUGCAAAGGUCGAGAAUGCUAGGUCACCAGUGAGCUCGACCUCCAAAAAGAUAAAAUUCCGCCGCCAUUGCAGGCGAUUCUGGUGCUUCUACCUCAUCGCCAAUGUGAUAGUCUUGGCGAUUUUCCUACCGGUUUUCUUUCUGGUCGCGAUUCCUGCAGUCGCGCAACUAGUUGUCAACAAAUCAGAUCUACGACUCGUCAAUGCCAAAGUGAUGCACCCAACGGCAGAUACAGUACGAAUGACACUAGAGGCCAAGGUGAAUCUGAAGCUUGCACUAGGCGUUCGGCUCGAUCCCGUUGUCUUCUACGCAUUUGUGCGCUCCGCAGGCCACGAGAAUGCAUAUGCAGGAAUUGAGAUCCCCGGACAAACUAUCAAGGGAAAUUAUUCACUUAAAGUCACCGACCAGUUGACGCCAAUCCUCAAUAUGACUUCCUGGGAAACUUUUGUGAGUCAAGCUGUCUCCCAAAAGGAAACAGCAUUAUCACUCCAUGGAGUGACUGUUGGAUAUCUCGGGGUCCUGAAAAACCACAUCAUAUUGGAUAAAGAUGUGGUAAUGCCAACUUUAAACAAGUUUGAAGGCUUCUCCAUCGCGAACAGUACAUUCCUCUUACCGGCAGAGGACGAUGGAACCAAUCUCGUUGCCAAUAUUACACUUCCAAACCCCUCCGUCCUCAGCUUCGAAGUUGGCACCAUCACACUUGACCUCAAAAGCGGCAAUACAGACCUAGUCAUCGGCAACGCAACGGUCAAAGACGUCACACUUAGACCUGGAAACAACACAUUCCCGUUGAGAGGUGUGAUCGACAUUGGUGCGAUGAUCGGCAACCUCAGCGAAGUUCUUAGCUCACAGGGCCCCGCCAUCAGGACAGGCGCACUGAGCCUGACAGCUGUGACCAGAUCUAUUGUAUCUAACGGCACUCUAAUCCCGUACUAUACAAAGGUCCUCGGGUCACUUCCCCUCGUGGCAAACGUGAGCAUUGGCGACGUUCUUAGAAACUCGCUCGCUCAUCUGGGCUCGAGUGAAACAUUGUCAGACUUCGAUGACAAACGCAGGAGAGGCCCUGUACAGUUGGGUGGCCCGGUUGGAUACGGUGUCGCGUAUAACCAGGUCGCAAGUCUGAAACACAACAGACACGUUCAAAAGAUGUUCGAGGAUGAAGAUCCCGAACGACGAGACGCAAUUAUAGAAUCGCUGGCUCGAUAUUAUGCUUCACUAUGA